CAAGACAUUCGUCACCAUCGUAGAAAACUGAUUUCAAUAAUUCGCGCUCGUUUUCUGCUCCUACCUUUUUCAAACCAACACCCCAGUACCCCCAUUUCACUCAUUCCUCCACCACCCCUCCUCCUCUUUCAUCCGCCAUGGAUGCAGCAACCCAAGCUUCAUCUCUCCUCUCCAAACUCAAACCCGGAACCUACGAUUUCACCGGAAUCAACAUCCUCUUCUCCGAUUUCCUGCAACCAUUCUCCCUCCUCACUUCCCCCACACCUCAAAACCCUAGCAAAAAACCCUCGCGCAGCAAAAAACCUUCACAAUCCUCUCCUUCUUCGUCGAUUCGGUCCCUCGCGAAGACAUUUCUACCAUUCCUCAGUAGUUCCCUCUCUCUCCUCCCCAAUCGCCUCUCCGAAUCUCCAAAGCACCCGAAAACUAGCGAAUUCGUGACUCAGUUGCUCGAAUGUUACAAAUUGUGCUUGGACUGUUUGGAAUCGUUAUCUUCUGAGAUCUCCGGUAAGCCGUAUUGUGUUCAUUUGCAGAGAGGGAGGUAUGUGCAUUGCUUGAUCAGGUGGGAGAGGUAUCAGGAUGCAAUUAAUGAAGGAUUUAGGGUUUUGAAGGAUAUUGGAGGGGUUAAGCUUGAAGGUUGUGGCUGGAAGGUUUCUAUGGGCCAGCUCGUUCCGCGAUUGGUUGUCGUUGAUGGUGAUGGUAAUGGGGGAAUUGAGGGUGAUAUUGUGCGCCUAAUUGUGGAUUUGGCUGUUUCUAUUGCACAAUGUGUGUCGUUGAGUAAGGAUAAAGAUGCCGAGAAAUAUAAUGAUUUGUUGAUUUUGCUUGAAGAAGUUCGCCCUUGGUUCAGGCAUCUGGAAAAUAGUGUACGCAGUAAGCUGCAGUGGAAGCUGUUAGCUCAAAUGAAGAAUGCUGUGCUGUUUAUGGUUAGAGAAGUUGCACAUUUCGAAGGGGAUUUAGUACCUCGUUUCUGUGCAGCUGUAUUAGAUGAGUAUAUGCAAUUAUUGAAUAAGGGCACAACUAACGAAGAAAUCGAAGAGUUUGUAAAAUUUGUAUUCAAUUGUACAUCCAAAUGCCGGUCAGCGUGCAAGAAUAUCCGCAUCUCCAUUGCUAUGCAUCUGUACAAAUCUGCAGACAAAUUUUCUCAGGAUUUAGUGUACUUCAUUCUUAUUCAGAGGCUUCAUGCUUUGGGGCUGUAUUUCUUUGAGUUCUCUUUUGAACCAAACAUCUGUUUGUCUUCAGCUUCAGAUGGCUCAACAGGUACUUGUUCUUCGGGACUCAUGCCCAAAGGUUGGGAUGGGCUACAAGAUUUAUCAGUUUUGCUGAGCGAUGGAAGAAACUACUACCCUUCCCACUUAGAGUUCUGUGACAAGCCACUAAGUCAUGAUUUCAAAGAUUUUGUUGAGAAAGCAUCUAUAGUCUCAAGAUCUGAUUGUAAGGUUUCUAAAUCCUGUAAGUCAGCCAAUGGAGAAGCAAAUCUAUCUUUUUAUCUGAAUGCCUUGAAGUGCCUGUGUUGGCCACUUGCUGACUUUGUAACUUCGGAAAGAAAAAGGAUAGUUAUGGAAGACAUGGAGUCUCCCCUAGUAAGUGCGUUGAAGCGUAUCCUAGAGGCAUUCCUUGAAUUCAGCUAUCUCUUUCUUCACUGUCAGCAGAGUUGCGAAUCUCGUGUUGAAAUUGACAUGAUUGUGCUCAGCAUCUCCGUGGCAUGUUUUACUCUCUCCCUGAAGCUAAAUCUCGGCACCGAGGGAAGUACAAGCCUUGUAAAUUAUAUUCUUUCUGAUAAAUGUAUUUCCUUGUUACGGCCCUCAAUGUUGAAAUACAUAGUAGCCUCGCUUCACAACAACUUCGUCGAAUUCUACAGGCAUGAACGAUUGGAAGAGGCUUCUCAGGCUCUAGAAUUAUGUUGUAGAGCAUCAUGGCAUCGUUGUCUCCUCUUUGUUGAGAUACUCGUGGGCAAGCAUAAGGGAUUUGAUGACAACAUAUCUGAAACUAUGAUUGCUGAGUCCGUGAAUGAGGCAUGUAAAGUUAAUACUCUUCUUAUGGACAUUGGCCAUCAUGUUGAUAGCUGUAUAGUAGAGAAGGCAGUAGAGUUUGGACUUUUAAAGUGGUGUCUUGCCAGAACCCUUUUAGGGCAUCUUCCUUGUCCUUUGAUGUUGAUCAAGCAUUGGGCUAAGAUACAGUGUAAAUUCUAUAAGAAUAUUGAAGGUACUGCUCCAAUCUUGGGUAGUUAUCUCCUCUGCGCUCCUUGCUUGGUGAAAAAUAAUUUCUCAACUGAAAUUAUUGGGACCAUUUUAGAGCAGGAACUUUUAGUUUACCAGGAGAUGAGCAACUUGUAUCCCAUGUUUUGUCAGAGAAUGCAAAUAAAAAUUAUUGAUAUACUCUUGGAGAAAGUAUAUCACUCUAGGAAGUGUGUUCAAAGGUCAACUAUUCUAGUUAAGAAAGCAAUGUUAUCAAGGACCUUUGGAAUCGAAGGUCUGGACUCUUGUAUCCAUUGUUUGUCCGAAGCAAUUGAAUCAGUCGAUGUCUCCUGUGGCAUAACUACUGAUACAUCUGCCAUGGUGUCCAAUCAAUUAGCUGUUAUGUAUUGCUUGCGUGCUCUUUCCACUUAUGAAGCCGAUCCAACGUCAAAGGAAAUGUUCGAAGAUAUCCGUAAAGCUGUAGACCUAUGGUUAAGGAUUGAUGUUCCUUGUUCUUCCAGUGGAAAUAGUGAGAUGGGAUGUGAUUACGUGUUGCUGCUUCUAAAUCACAUUGCUGACUUACUAUCCAUUAAGGGUGACACGACUCUUCAUUCAGAUGCACUAAAUGUGAUCAUUAAAGUGUUUAAACAGAUGAAUGUCUCAUUUGAGAAGUGUCUGUUAUUACUGUGGGAGUCACGUAGGGUUAACCACGCACUUUGUGUUGUACCUAUCAAUGAGACAUUAAUUACGGCUCUCUCAAAGAAUUAUGGUAAAGAGGCGGAGUCUCUUGACUUCUGGAUCAGUAGUUUGAAGGAUUCUCAGCCACUAUUAGUUGGGCUUCAGCAAAACUUCUCGUUUCUGUCUUCUCUGUUCCCCCUGGCUUUUAAUCAGUGCAAGCAUUCUUUGCAAUCAGAGAUCUCUGUUGAUGAAGUGAAAGAGUUAGCAUCAAAUCUUAUUUCAAAUGUUGCUAUAACUCGUUCCUCAGCAUUUCUAGCUGGAUAUCUAUAUCAUGAUUUGAGUGAAAGGCUUUGUGCUAGUGGAAGGACUAUUGAGGCGUUGUUUUGUGCAAAAGAAGCUCACCGGCUGCGUGGUAAGCUGUUACAGGAGCAUUUUUCUCUCUCAAUUCAACAACAUGAAGAAAACCAUGAAGUUGGGCAAUCUAUAAGGAAACGAUCAACUUUUGUGAGUCAGUUCUCGGUAUUACAUCAAGUAGCUAUUACAGCUUGGCCCACUAAUGCUAUCUCACCGACUUUAGACAGCUUUUCUCUUACCCCAUGGAAUGUGCUCCGCUGUUAUCUAGAGAGCACGCUGCAGGUUGGUAUCAUCCAUGAAAGACUUGGAAAUGUAGCUGAGGCCGAAGCUCAGUUCAUAUUAGGCAAGAGUAUCUCCUGCUUGCAGAGCUUGCCCCGAUUCAUUGUCAGUUUUUCCUCUUGUUUAGGGAAAGUAUACUACGGCAUGAACCUUUUGGACUUAGCACACAAAGAAUUAGCUACUUCAGAGCAAGAGUUGGCUGUUGAAAGGAACUUUGUGACUUGUUCUAGGUGUUUACUAAUGUUGGAAAGUAAUAUUAAUGAACAAUUUGGUAACUUGUACAGAAAGGGUGUCUAUCAUGCUUUAGUAAAUCCAUAUGAAUCAUCUAUUCUGAGUCUGAUAUCACUCGAAAGGGGUGAUCUUGCUGUCUGGCUUGAGGGAGCCAGUGCAGCUUACUCUGUGCAUGAAGGUCCUGCAGCUAUUUCAGGCACUGACAAUAUAUCAAAGACUGCAAAUGUAAAGACUAAAAAAGUAGUUAAAGGGUCCAGGAAGACCAAAAAGGAAUUAGAAUCUCAGACUACUGUUAUCAGGGAAGCUGAGCAGAGUUCCAGGGUAACUCGUUCUAGAAAGCUGUCUUCUUAUGGAAACAAGUCCGCCUAUGUCGAAGGGGAAAAUAAUGCUUCUACUAGCCACACCUCAGUCCAGCUGGAAACUGAAGCAGCGAUUGUUUCUAACAGAAUUACUUGCCAGAAAUGCUUUCCAAGGGAACUAAAUACUUUUGGCUCUUUUGCUUGUUUUAUUCAUAUGAAGUGGGAGUUUGUUCGCAGGCGACAAAUACUGAGACUACUCAUUGGCUUAGGAAAAUGUCAGGGAGCUUUGGCUGGAACUCAUAGAUUGCACACUAUAUACUCUAAAUGUAUAUCUAUUUUUCUGGGAGGAAAUGAUUGUCACUGUUCGAGUUCUACCCUUCUUGAUUUUGAUUCUAUUACAAAGGAAAUUACUGGGGAUAUUUUGGUCAGCGAACGUGCAGAAGUGUUUUACAGUAUGUGCUUGCUUUCCCUCAAAGCCUUGUAUUCCGAGGACAUCAGGACUACUUGCUGUGAUUUGUGCUCGAUCCAAAUAUCACAUGUAGCUUCCCUACUGAAGCUAUCUUUUGUGCUGAGUCGUGAGGUUCCUUUGCUAUUUCAAAAGGUGUCUAGGCUGCUUGCUUUGAUUUACGUGGUUUCAGCUUCCAGGGAAAAAAAUCAAUUUCUUAUUUCUUGCAAUGUGCUUUCGGAAAAUUAUUGGGCUGCUUAUUUUCAUCAAGCCUCGGUUGGAACUCAUCACGAUUUGCAGCUCCUUUCAGCUAUUUCUCUGAAGCACGGAUCCCAGAUGGUAUCUAAAAAAAAGGGUUAUAAAGCUUCUGAUGCGACUAGCAUGAUCGCAGAUACAUGCAGGACCGUUCCUGAAUCAACUAAAGAGAUGGAAUUGUAUGUGGCUAAGUUUUUUGAAAACCUUCCCAAUACCACAAUAGUAUGUGUGAGCUUACUGGACGCUUCUUUUGCAAGCCUUCUAAAAGAAUUGAUGUGUUAUCCCUCUGGUGUUUCUGGCUGUGUACUCUUGUCCCAUUUGAAUGCUGACAGUCAGCCGGCAGUGAUAGUGUUGCCUCUAAAUACAGUUCUUCAAGAGGAGGAAACAAGUACUAGCUGCUCAAUCUUUGGUGAGAAGAUUGUACAAAAGGAAUGGCACUCACCAUGGGGCUCCAAUGCCCUUGUUGACGAUGUAGCUCCUUUAUUUAAAUCGAUUUUGCGAGGAAAUUACUUAUCUUGCUCAAGCUUUCCUGACGAACACACUGAAAGAAGCCGUGAAUUGUGGUGGACUUGGAGAGAUAAUCUUGAUAAGUGCCUGCAUAAGUUACUGCGGGAUGUAGAAGAAACAUGGUUUGGCCAGUGGAAAUACUUGCUUCUAGGUCGAUGGUUGGACACUGACCCCCUCAAUUGUGCCGUGAAGGAGUUCUUGCAUGAAACUAAAAAAGAGGGAUGCAAGUUGGAUUUAAAUGAAAGUAUUUUAAAGGUUGUUAUGGGGGGCAUCAAGUCUAUUAAUAUGGAAAAAGUGAGAAUCCCAAAGCCGUUCCUUGAGAAAGGUUGCUAUAUUGGAAGCAUCGUAGAGUCUGUUCAAGGAAGAUGUAGUACAUUGGAUAAGGCAUAUGAUGGUGUAGAUUAUGUAUCAGAUUCACUCACUGCUGCAGUAAACAAGGUUGAGCUAGAAUACUGCACCCGUAGAGAGCCUGUUGUUCUUGUGCUAGACAGUAAUGUUCAGAUGUUGCCUUGGGAAAACAUGCCAAUUAUGAGGGAGCAAGAGGUGUAUCGCAUGCCUUCUGUUGCAAGUAUCUUUAUGGCUCUGCAAAGGAGGUCUGUCCUAGAGAACGUUGCCAGGCUUGGUACUAAAUUUCCAUUGAUAGACCCACUGGAUGCAUAUUUUUUACUGAAUCCCAGUGGUGAUUUAAGUCGCACACAAUCUGAAUUUGAGGAGUGGUUUAGGCAUCAGAAUAUACAGGGAAAAGCUGGAGUUGUUCCGUCAACUGAAGAAUUGACUGUAGCUUUGGAAAACCAUGAUCUCUUCCUAUAUUUUGGCCAUGGAAGUGGGGCACAAUACAUGCCAAGAGACAAGAUCCAAAAACUUGAGAGUUGUUCUGCUUUACUUCUUAUGGGAUGUAGCAGCGGAACUUUAAACCUAAAUGGGUGCUACGCUCCAGUUGGCACGUCUCUCUCCUAUAUGUUAGCUGGUGCCCCAAUCGUGGUUGCCAACCUGUGGGAAGUAACAGAUUUGGACAUUGACCGUUUUGCUAAAGCAGUUCUUAAAUCAUUUCUGGAAGAAAGAUCAAAGUCUUCAACAGACUGCAUUCAAUGCAGUUUAUUAGCCGAAGAAUUAAAGUCUAUGAACAUGAACGAGAACAAAGGAAACCCUAAAAAAGGUCGAGGAAAGAAGAAAACAGUUGAUCCUGUUCCUGAAGUUUCAGGUGAAUAUUGCUACAGACAUAAGUUAAGGGCUGGAUAUUUCGUCAGUCAAGCUCGAAAAGCAUGUAAACUUCCGUUCUUGAUCGGGGCGGCACCUGUUUGUUAUGGUGUUCCUACAGGUAUAAGGAAAAAGACAGAUAUAAUUUAGUCUUCAACAUCUUGUUGAUCAGUGUAACACACUGUAACCCUUAGAUAUAGCACAUUUAUCAGGGGGAGGAAAACAGGAAAGAAAAGUUGUACAGAAAUGAAGCAGUCAUAAAAAGAUCACAGGUUAUUAAUUAAUUAUUUUUUUUUUACAUGGACCACAA